AGGAUGAACACUUGUCAAGCGAUUUCUAAGACAGCAUCAAGAUGAAGCAGCGAGACUUCGACGCGUUGAUCGUAGGGGCCGGCUUUGCUGGCAUCUACCAGCUACGUAACCUCCGUGACCUGGGACUGUCGGUGCAGGUCAUCGACAAUGCUGGCGAUGUGGGAGGUACGUGGUAUUGGAACAGAUACCCGGGGGCAAUGAGCGAUACAGAAUCAUACAUCUAUCGCUUUUCAUGGGACAAGGAAGAUCUCCAAACAUACCCCUGGGCAAAUCACUACUCCAAGCAGGCCGACGUCCUCGCCUACCUCAACCAUGUGGCCAACAAGUAUGACCUGAAGAAGCAUAUGCAAUUCAAUACUGAGCUCCGCUCGGCUGAGUGGGACGAGGAAAAGAACAUCUGGCGCAUUGAAGUCAGCACAGGUGAAACUUUUACCUCGAGGUACCUGAUUACGGCCCUUGGUCUGCUCUCUAAGCAGAACUAUCCCGACAUCAAAGGUAUCGACAAAUACAAAGGCGAGAUUCACCACACUGCCAAGUGGCCGCAGGGUUAUGACUUGACCGGCAAGCGCGCUGGAGUUAUUGGCUGCGGUUCCACAGGUGUUCAAGUCAUUACGGACAUCGCAAAACGGGUUCAGAGCCUGACCUGUUUCCAGCGUCACCCGCAAUACAGUGUCCCCAGCGGCGACGGCCCCGUCGACCCUAAGUAUAGGGAAUACGUCAACAAUAAUUACGAUGCCAUUUGGGAUCAGGUGCGCAAUUCAGCCGUUGCGUUCGGCUUCAAAGAGAGCACAAUUCCGGCCAUGUCCGUCUCACCCGAGGAGCGGGAGCGGAUCUUUGAGGAGAACUGGCAAAAGGGGAAUGGGUUUCGAUUCAUGUUUGGCACCUUCUGUGAUAUCGCGUACAACGCAGAAGCGAACGAGGAAGCGUGCAAGUUCAUCCGCAAGAAGAUUGGACAGAUUGUGAAAGACCCUGCGAAAGCAAGAAAGCUGCAGCCCACUGAUUACUAUGCCCGGCGGCCGUUGUGCGAUGGCGGGUACUAUGAGCAGUUCAAUCGGGAAAACGUGAGUAUUGUUGAUCUCAAGGAGACGCCUAUCACCGAGAUGACGGAGAGUGGAAUCAAGACAAGUGACGGGGUGGAGCAUGAACUUGAUGUAGUGAUCCUCGCAACUGGGUUUGAUGCCGUGGAUGGUAAUUACACACGCGUGCGAAUCCGUGGCCGGAACGGCAAGACGUUGAAAGAGCGCUGGGAGAAUGGGGCAACGAGCUAUCUGGGAGUCUGCGUACCCGGGUUUCCAAACAUGUUCAUGAUCACGGGACCGAAUGGACCAUUCACAAACAUCCCACCCACAAUUGAGACACAGGUAGAGUUCAUCACAGCUGCAAUUGGGGAGGCAGAGAAAAGCAAGAGGUUGCUGGAGGCGGAGGAGCAGGCGGAGGAGGAGUGGGUUCAACUCUGUGAGGAGAUUGCGGCGAACAGUUUGUUCAAAACGGCGAAUAGCUGGGUAUUUGGCGCAAAUAUUCCAGGGAAGAAAGCUUCGUUAGUCUUCUUCUUUGGCGGCUUGCAGAAUUACAGGGCGAGAUUAAAGGAGAUUAUUGAGGGUGAGUGGAAAGGUUUCAAGCAGAUUAAUGCUGCGGCAUGAUAGCCCGUUGCGCAAAUACCGAUCUAUGUUGUGCUUGUUGCAUAUAUUGUGUUUUUACUUCUACUAUGAAGUAAAGUGAUCGCAAGAGAUCGAGACCCCGGUCGACCUGGAAAUCCCCUCAUUUUU